AUGUUCGAGCACCACCACUUGCAAGCCAUAUCCUUCGGUACCAUUCUUCUGGAUGCAGACAAGGUCGAGACAUCAGGCCCAAGCUUCACGUAUGGCGUCGCGUCAAGGAGCAGGCAUCGGAGGUGCCUUUGGCCCCGGAAAGAUAGCACGCCAGGCUCAUCGUCCAAGGACCAAUCUGACAGGGCCCUUAUUGCACUCCCGAAUUUAGUCGGAUCUCCAGAGGUAUCGCAUCGCUCAGGCCGAUUUUUGGUCUCUGCCAUCUCGCAGUCGAGUACACACUGCGAUAGGGAAGCAAGAAAGCAAUGGUACCGUCCUUUCUACGGCGCGCGCGGGAAUCAGGCGAUUGUGCAUGAAAGUGGAAAUGUGACAUUACGGGAAUUUGUCAAGUCAGAUAGGACAAUGUCCAUUGAAGGGAUGGGAUGGAAAGUGCUGUGGAAGGUGGAGCUACAUGCCAAGGCUAGUAUGGAGAGUUCAUGA